CGGGGCGGAGCGGAGUCAUCCGCAGAGCAGCCCCUCCCGGCCACGGCCGUCGACCCCGGCCCCCGGCCCCGGCUCUAUGGACAGGAGCUCGCUGCUGCAGCUUAUCCAGGAGCAGCAGCUGGACCCUGAGAACACAGGCUUCAUCGGUGCGGACACCUUCACUGGCUUGGUGCACAGCCAUGAGCUACCCCUGGAUCCAGCCAAGCUGGACAUGCUGGUGGCCCUGGCCCAGAGCAACGAGCGGGGCCAGGUCUGCUACCAGGAGCUGGUGGACCUGAUCAGCAGCAAGCGCUCAAGCAGUUUCAAACGGGCCAUUGCAAAUGGACAGCGGGCACUGCCCCAGGAUGGGAUGCUAGAUGAGCCAGGCCUGGGUGUCUAUAAGCGGUUUGUGCGCUACGUGGCCUACGAGAUCUUGCCCCGAGAGGUGGAUCGCCAUUGGUACUUCUACCGGCACCGAAGCUGCCCACCCCCUGUGUUUAUGGCCUCUGUCACCCUGGCCCAGAUCAUCGUAUUCCUGUGCUAUGGAGCCCGCUUCAACAAGUGGGUGCUGCAGACCUACCACCCCGAGUACAUGAAGAGCCCCCUUGUAUACCACCCUGGCCACCGAGCCCGGGCCUGGCGCUUCCUCACCUACAUGUUCAUGCACGUCGGGCUGGAGCAGCUGGGGUUCAACGCGCUCCUACAGCUAAUGAUUGGGGUGCCCCUGGAGAUGGUGCACGGCCUGCUCCGCAUCAGCCUGCUCUACCUGGCUGGCGUGCUGGCAGGUUCCUUGACUGUCUCCAUUACCGACAUGCGGGCCCCUGUGGUGGGGGGCUCUGGUGGAGUCUACGCCCUGUGCUCUGCACACCUGGCCAAUGUUGUCAUGAACUGGGCUGGGAUGAGGUGUCCCUACAAGCUGCUGAGAAUGGUGCUGGCCCUAGUGUGCAUGAGCUCCGAGGUGGGCCGGGCUGUGUGGCUGCGCUUCUCCCCUCCACUGCCUGCCUCGGGCCCACAGCCCAGCUUCAUGGCGCACCUGGCUGGUGCAGUGGUGGGGGUCAGCAUGGGCCUGACCAUCCUGCGCAGCUAUGAGGAGCGCCUCCGGGACCAGUGCGGCUGGUGGGUGGUGCUGCUUGCCUAUGGCACCUUCCUGCUCUUCGCCAUCUUCUGGAAUAUCUUCGCCUACGACCUGCUGGGUGCCCACAUCCCUCCACCACCCUGA